AUGGCCGGUCAACUACUGCUAUCAGCCUUGUUUUUGCCAUGUGUACUGGCUGUUUCGUUGCCAGUGAAGCUACAGUUGAAGCGAGCUGUUGACUCAAGUCUUGCCAAUAUCCAUGUAUCUUAUGAAAAACCCGUCGCUACGGAGGUAGUCUUCACAUAUGGGCCUUGUAAGGCGAAGACUCCAGGAGAAUCCCACCAUCUAGUCGGCCGCUCCCGCUCCUGUGAUCACGACAGGCUACUGUGGAAAAUCCCAGAAUACGCCCCUACAGGCCAAUGCCUUUCAGCGUGGGACGCGCGACAGAACCUGCUGGGGCGUAGCCGUCCGGUGUCCAUUGCUGCGAAUGCAAAGACCACGCGCAGACGUCUCAGAAAGCGACAGGCCGACUUUUCCAUUCAGAUGGACAACUCGAGCGGCAUUGAUGCUGAAGGACCGUGGUUCGACGGAGUGGUGGCACUCAAGAACAAAGAAAUCAGCGCGGUCAAUGCUCAAGAGGCAAAGGCAAAAGAGAUCGCCAUCGUCGGUGCCGGCAUGGCCGGUCUGAUGACUUGGCUCGGGCUCAACCAAUCCGGCAUGACAAACUUGUCUCUCAUUGAAGCAGCUCAACGACUUGGUGGGAGAGUCCAUACUGCCUACUUCGGCGACCCGAGCGAGAGACAGUAUCAAGAAAUGGGGCCGAUGCGUUUCCCGCUCUCCUUCACGUCAUCCGAGACAAAUCAGACGGUACAGAUUCAAGAUCAUCGCAUCGUCUUUGAUCUGGCUGCCGAGGUCAACAGACUGAACAACAACAAUACCAAUUUCACCGUCAAUUUUAUCAAAUGGUACCAAAACUCCCCAAAUGGACUGUACUACGUCAACGGCGCUCGGAAACCCAAUGGCCAAGUUCCGACCCUGUCAGAAGUCCAAGCGAAUGCAUCAUUACUGGGGACGACCUCUGCCCAACUAGACGACCCCAAGCUGGGCACACUUGACGAGGACAUCGACGCUCUCUACAACAACGGUAGCUUCCUCGACCAGAUGGCUCGGAACAUAUACAUGGCGCACAAGAUGUUCCUGGAUCAGGGACUUGGUGGAUUGGGUGGCGACGACUUUUCCGAGUUCGCCUAUGUCCACAAUGUGCUUGGAUACGCGUUGAAUGAGACGUUCGUGGAGCUCGGAGAUUCUGGGAGUGAGAGUUUUUGGGACAAUCUGUAUGAGUCGAUGUACUUCUCUGCGACAGAUUGGAGGACAAUUGAUGGCGGCCUGACUCGCCUCCCCAGUGCCUUCCACCCACUUGUGGACGAUGUAACCUACAUGAACCGCAAGAUCCAGCGCGUCCAGUACAACGAGACGACCAAGAAAGUGACGCUGCAGUGGAAAGCCAAGCCACUCGACAGCACGUUCCAGAACGCAAGCUACGACCUGGCGGUGGUCACGGUUCCCAUGCCCCUGGUCCGCACCUGGCGUCUCCCGGCAUUCUCAGACCUUCUCAAGACCGCCAUCGACAGCUACCCAUACUCCCAGGUCUGCAAGGUGGCGCUACAGUUCCAGACCCGCUUCUGGGAACAUUUCGACAAACCCAUCUACGGCUCUUGCAGCACGACCACGGAUAUCCCCGGGAUAGGGAGCAUCUGCUACCCGAGCUACGACAUCAACUCGACCGGGAAGGGGGUGAUGCUCGCGAGCUACACGUCCUCGGACGACGGUUUACGUUGGGCGUCGAUCCCCGAGGACGUCCACGUCCAGUACGUCGUGGACGCCAUGGCCGAGAUCCACGGUCCCGUGGUGUACGAGCAAUACACGGGUGCAUAUAACCGCCGCUGCUGGAUUCUGGACCAGUACGAGACGAUCAGUUGGGCGAGCCCGGACAUUGGGAUGAGAAAGUCCUUCAUCCCUGCAUUCUUCAACACCGAGCAGGGCAUCAUCAUGAGUGGUGAGGGGACGAGUUAUACCAGUUCGUGGAUCGCCAGUGCGCUGGAGAGUGGCGUCAGAACGAGUGUCCAGCUGCUGCUUGAGUUGGGACUGGUCGAUGAAGCGAAAGCUGUGACCGAGAAAUGGAUGGCGAGAUGGAUCGAUCAGAGACCACAAGAGAGAAAGUACAUGGGGCUAAAACACGUCCUCAUCACGGGCUGUUCGGAGGGCGGGAUCGGGGCUGCCACAGCCCUCGCGUUCCAGAAGCAGGGGACCUACCACGUCUUCGCGACCGCGCGGUCUCUGGCCAAGAUGAGCCAUCUCUCCAAAUUGCCCAAUGUCACAUGCUUGGAGCUCGACGUGCUGUCUCCAGCAUCCAUCUCUGCCACAGCGCAGAAAGUCACCGAGAAGACGGGCGGCAAGUUGGACGUGUUGCUCAACAACGCGGGCCAAUUGGUCAUGGCGCCGGCUCUGGACACGGACUUGGACACGGCGAGGCAGGUGUUCGAGGUCAAUUUCUGGGGCGUGGUGGGCGUGACCAACGCGUUUGCUCGGAUGGUCGUGGCGGCCAAGGGCGUGGUGGCGACCACGGGGAGCAUUGCGGGCGAUAUCAAUGCGCCUUUUCAGAGCAAGUACCCGAGUUUCUACGCUGCCUCCAAAGCCGCCAUCAUGACAUAUUCCGAGACCCUGCGCCUGGAACUGGCCCCCUUUGGUGUAAGGGUGCUUACCAUGGCCACGGGUGUCGUGGCCUCGAAUCUCGCCAACGGGCUCUCAGAAUCAGUCUCCCUCCCCACGCACUCGCUGUACCAGCCAGUUGAGGGGGCAUUGAAGAAGCGCUUGAAAGGUGGUGGGCACGCGUCGACGAGCCCGGACGCAUACGCCGAGAAGUUUGUCAAGUUGGUGGAAGGAGGGAAGAGCGGGAAGAUCUACUUGGGCAGUUCGGCGGGUGUGGUGAAAUGGGCGAGGAUGGUCUUGCCAGCUAGCGUCGUGCCCGAAUGGGCCUUCUCUGCUGGUUCUCUGGCUAACAGCAGCGACUUUGGUGUUGUCGAUCACAGGACUAUCUCGUCAGUCAAGGAAGUGGCCUAG